AAGCGAAGGUAGCACGUUUUUGUGUUGCUGUUUAGUUUUCGUCCUAAAAACAGGUGGAAACCUAUCUGUUUUUACCAUUAAACAGUUUAAGUUGUUAUUUCCAAAAAGUUUUCCCUCUUGCGCGUGUGUAAAAUCUCUCAAACUCCAACAAAAUGACUGCUCGUUCGAAGAAACGCCGCAACAAGAACAAUUCCAUCCGGCGUGCAAAAAACAAGGUGAAGGAGGUAAAGAAACUAAAGAAAAUGUUAGGAUUCAUCGAAGAAGAUGCCGAUGAACUAAUGGAGAAGAUUAAGGAUAUCACGGAACAGAAGAAACCCGACAAGGAACUUGAGCUUGUGAAGGAGGAAACGAAGGCCGAGAUAUUUCAAAAGGAAACUAAAGAUAUAAUCAAUCACGAGAAGUACGUCAGUGUUGUCAAUCCGAAAACGAAGGUAAAGCACGUGUACAACAUUAAAACGAAGCGGGAUCAGUUCGGCCAGUAUCCGGUGUGGUACAAUGUGCGAAAGGAACGGCGAAAGCAGAAAUUACGCGAAGGCAAAGCCACCAAACUACGACAGUUCCGCGGCAGACGCUUGCAUUUCAUCGACAGAACAAGCGGUUGGAAGAAUAUCGUGAAAUAAAAAGGCCUCUCUUUGGAUAUA